AUGGGAGCAGUAUUGUCAUUACCGCUAAUUCCGGUGAGUAUUGUGGGAUCGUGGAUAUCAUCCUGCAUAGGCGUAUCAAUUUGUUCAUGUUGUAUGAGCAGAAAUGUUAAUCCAUUGAUGAGAACAUUUAAGUCGUCUAUAGCCACACGAAUUAUGUAUGCAUUAAUGUUCAUGUUAAAUAGCUUAAUUUCUUGGGUAUCACUGUCCAAUUCAAUAUCCAAGUUUUUGGAGAACUUAACAUGGGGGUUGUUUAAAUUUGGGAAUAAAUAUUGUCAAGAUGAAAAAGGGUGUACAGGAUUUACCAGUGUUCAAAGAAUCAACUUUUCUUUAGGAUUACUUCACCUUAUCUUAGCGGGGCUAUUAGUUGGGGUUAAAUCAACCAGAAAUCCCCGAUCAACUAUACAAAAUGGGUAUUGGGUUGCCAAACUAUUUGUCUUGGGUGCCUUUAUCCUUUUGAGUUUUUUUAUUCCUGAUAAGUUUUUUGUUAUAUGGGGAAACUACUUUUCAAUUAUAUUCAGUACUAUUUUUAUUGGAAUUGGUUUGAUUUUACUUGUUGAUUUUGCACAUGAGUGGGCAGAAACAUGUAUUGAAAAAAUUGAAGAGGGAGAAAUAUAUCUUGAUAUAACAGAAGAGGAAAAUCAAGGAAUAAUAAGCUCCUGUUUUAAUUUUGAAGGAGUCAAUUUAUGGAAGAAACUAUUAAUAGGAGGUACGCUGACAAUGUACAGUGGUGUUUUAAUUAUGACUGUUUUGAUGUACAUGUAUUUUGCACAGAGUGGAUGCCACAUGAACAAGACGGUUAUUACGAUCAACUUCCUGUUCACUUUAUUAAUUACAGCCUUUUCUAUUGCACCAAUUGUUCAAGAGUACAAUCCUAAUGCUGGAGUAGCGCAGGCUUCUAUGUGCUGUAUCUAUUGCACAUAUUUAGUUUUCAGUGCAUGUUUGAGUGAACCAGAUGAUCGACUGUGUAAUCCAUUGAUCCGAUCCAGUGGAACUAGGACGGCUACAGUUAUAGUGGGUGCGUUGUUCACAUUUGGCGCCGUUGCUUAUACAACUACCAGGGCUGCUACUAAUUCUGCAUUCAAUCAUGGUAAUGAGUACGAUGAGGUCCCCGUGAGCGAACCAGUACCUGUGGAAUCCAAUGUCAUCACCACACAACCCACACUUAGAGAUAAUAUGAGAUACCAAGCUCUCAAAGAUGCUGUCGAGGCGGGUUCAUUACCCGAAAGCGCAUUGACAGAUCCUUCGUAUUUGAAUCAAAGUGAUGACGAUGAUAACGACGAUGAUGGUAUGAGGGAUUUUAGUGGGCAACAAGAAGAGAGAAAUCACCUUAAAUAUAACUAUGUUCUUUUCCACAUUAUUUUCUUCCUUGCUACACAAUACAUUGCUGCGCUUUUGACCAUUAAUGUUGGCAUUACUGAUGCUGACAAUGGCACAUUCAUCCCUGUGGGACGCACAUAUUUCAAUACGUGGUUGAAAAUCGCCUCCUCUUGGGUAUGUUAUGCUCUCUAUGGAUGGACUCUGGUUGCACCAGUGCUUUUCCCCGAGAGAUUUGCCCAAUAUUAA